UAGGGAGGGGACACCGUAAUGUUAACGCAACCACAAUAGCGUCACUAAAUCCUUCUUUUUGAUUUUGCAUUUCAAGUUCCCAAAAGCGUCGUCGCAGAACGUCCAUCUCUACUUUUCUGGACAUAAAUACUUUUUAAAUCUUCGUGUCUCGAUAAAGUAGCCGUGGUGCUCGUUGACCCUUAUCGAGCUAGCUUAGCUUAGUUUAGCUUGCUAGCCGCUAACAAGGGGACACGUGUUAGUUAUAAUUUCGGCUAAAGUGCUCCCCAAGUGCUCGGCUAAAGUUUGACGUUUUGCCGCCGUCGAGUGAAAAUGUGCGCGAGAACGACGCCGAUGGACGUGGAGAAACUCAGCAGAAUAAAAGAGGAGAGGAAGCAACGCCAACUGCUGGGCGCGGCUUGCAAGCAGCCCCGAGUUGUGCUACACAGGGCAGACGUCAGUGAGUAUCUUCGUCCUGGGCAGCACGAGCCAGAGUUAACCCACAUCAAAGAGGAGGAGGAGGGUCCAGAACCACUCCACAUAAAACAGGAGUUGCUGGAGACCCCCACCGAGCCCGCUGACGUUAAAGAAGAGCAGGAGGAGGAAAUCACCAAAUUUCCUUUGACCGGUGUCAGCGUGAAGAGCGAAGACGAUGACGGGGAGCACUGUGGAGGAUCGCAAGCGCGCGACCUCUCGGCGCCGCGAUCGGCUUGCGACGACACAACGUCGCACUCUUCUGACUAUGCCGACGGGGAUGAACGACAACACCGUGAAGGUGAUAAGAAAUGUCACACUCGCAAGAAAUGUCUGAAAUGUUCUCACUGUGACAGGACGUUUUUCAACGAGUCGUCGUUGAAAACGCACACAAGAUCACACACCGGAGAAAAACCUUUCGCCUGUUCAGUCUGUGAUAGAAGAUUUUCUUUAAAUACAAAUUUGACGAGACACACUAAAAUACACACUGGGGAUCAACCAUUUCUUUGCUCACCUUGUGGCGGAGGAUUUGCUCAGAAAACCACGUUAUCAAAGCACACGAGUAGACACAACGGAGAGAAGCCUUUUACCUGCUCAGUUUGCGGGAAAGAAUGUGCUCAGAGAGAAGAUUUAGUCAUUCACGCUACAACACACGCGGGAGAAAACCCUUUUUUCUGCUCAGUUUGUGGGAAAAUGUUUUCUUGCAAGUACAAUUUCACCAUUCACACGAGAACACACACUGGAGAAAAAACGUUUUCCUGCUCCGUUUGCGGGAAAACGUUUUCUUGUAAAUACAAUUUAAGAGUACACACGAGAAAGCACACGGGAGAAAAACCUUACGCUUGCUCUGUUUGCGGUAAGAGAUUCUCAACAAAGUCACAUUUGAUAAGACACACAAAAACACACACUGGUGAUAAACCGUUUGCUUGCUCCGUGUGUGGGAGAAGAUUCACUCAGAAGGUAGAUUUAACGAGGCACACAAGAACUCACACCGGCGAGAAGCCUUUCCCCUGCUCGGUUUGUGGAAAAAGAUUCUCCCAGAAUAAUGUAAUCCACUUAAGAACGCACACGGGAGAAAAACCUUAUGCCUGCUCUCUUUGUGGUAAAAACUUCACUUCAAAGCGACAAUUGACAAGACACACGAAAUCGCACACUGGAGAAAAACCUUUUGUGUGCACCGUUUGCGGCAAAAGAUUCCGUAAUAAGGAUGAUUUAAAAGGACACACAAAAAGACACUCGAGUGAGAAACCAUUUGCAUGCCCGGUAUGUGGGAAAACAUUUUACAGAAGGUCAGAUUUAAAAACACACGCAAGGAUACACACCGGAGAAAAGCCUUUUGCCUGCUCAAUUUGUAGCAAAAGAUUCACUAUCAAGGCACAUUUAGAAAGACACACAAUCAUACACACGGGUGAGAAACCUUUUGCUUGCUCAGUUUGCGGUAAAAGAUUCAGUUUGAAGGCACAGUUAACAAAACACAGAAACGCACACGGGGCAGAAAACAUUCAGUUGCCGCGAGUGAGCUAAAAGGUUCCAUCGUGUGGGUCAUCUUAUGAGGCACAAGUGUGCUGGUGUGAAAAUCGGGAGGAACAGGAAAGGGAAUACUUCAGUCAUUUCCUCCUCCCGAAUCACUACGUAGCAAUUUUUAGAUAAGCAUUUAAUUAUUUUUAUUUUUUAGAUGUUGACUAAACUUGAAGGAGUUCCAAAAGCCGAAGUGUUGAGGGAUGCAAAAUUGUGGAUCAUGUUGUCGCGAUGACGCCCGAUGGCCCCGGUUGUCACGGAAACCCCAACGACUGGUAAAACUGUCGCAUUAUUGUCACCAAUCAGUUUGCUUACAGAAGAGAUAGAAAAUCUGGUUUCUAUCAUCCGGCGCCACACAACUGACUGCAGGUCUCCUCUCACUGGCACAGCGUGGAUGAGUUGGGGAAGGAAGCGAUUGAUGACUGGUCAACAAUGGAAAAACAAGUUCAAGAUACUGCCCGGGGACAUUCAAAUGGCAUAGAAAUCUCACGUUUGUGACAAGUCGAACAAACCGGGAGUGUGUGAUUGCAUUUUACACGUUGGCUUCUGAAUCUGAUCUUUCCGAGUGUGCCACCAUGUGUGAUAAUCAACCUGUAAAAAUCUGAGAGUGUUUAGUGUCUGGACGAGAGUUUUAACGAUGGUUUGUUGUUGUGUUUCUUUCCUCAGUGUGGGAGAGUACAAAGUUGGAAGUAUUUUAGAUGGAUGCAUGUUUUUUGAACCCGUGUUUUUCGCAGCCAAAUUGUAGGGUAAAUUCAGGCCGACGGGUGUGGUCUUGUCUCCUUCCUCUGUCGCUCGGACACGUACGUACUUGACCUGUGGCAUCUUUCCUCGCGCUUAUCCUGGCUAACAUCCACGCUGCUCGGGCUAACCCCUCUCCUUUGUCGCUACUCCAUACGCGGGCGACCUUGUUAGAUGGUCGGAUGGGCAAUGGACCUUUCCGACCUGUCAAUCACUCAUAGAAUAAUAGCCCAUCAGAUAGCCGCAUUGUCUUAACCCGCCCCUGCCGCCAUGUUGUCACACAAGCAACGCCGGUUGUCAGUAGCGUGCGCUUGGAAAAGUUAAUGUUACGAAGAAAAUGGUCCUGAGUUUGAUUGCAUUAUUAUCAGUGCUUUAUUCAUUGCGGGAGAACAAUUUUCACUUUGUUUGCGUAUAACUGACCCGCUGAAUGAAGUGUGUCACGUUUUAUGCCGAAGUGUCGGGUUAGGGAAACGUAAAUGCGCCAUGUCACGCAAGAGAAAUGUCGAUUUGCCUAUUUGUAUCACAUCGGACUUUUAAGACAGAGCACUGGGUGGGUUCCAUUACGAGCCAAGUCAAAUGAAUCCACCCACUCACUUCUCAAGACUUCAAUGAUAUAACUCGUGACCUUCCCAAGUAAAAAGUGCUCACCCUGCUUUACAUGCGGAGUACGAUUCCACAAUUUUAUCCCGUUGAAGUUUGUGAGGCGCCAAACAUUUUUGCAUCGAUCGCCAACGUUUUGCUGUAACUCUGACGUUGGGUCCUGCUCCGUCCCGAAAAAAAAUCUUAAUUCCGUGUACAUAUCCUCACGUGAAAUAGCUGAGACCUCUCUGGAGAACUCUCUUAGACAAGUCCGACGUAUUUGGCAAAAAACACACUGCAAUAUUAUCUGGAAUACGCGAUUGAGAAUCGACUUCAAACAUGUUCUGUUCAGUCGCUAUUUUGGAAGCUUGUGGGAGAUGGCGAAGGGGGCGUGGCUUAAGAUCGCCAUCAGAAAGGCCCAUUGAUCUAUGGUCAUGACAAUUGUUGCCAGAAUGUACAAAAUGAUUGCCCAAUAAUUUUGGGGUCAAGAACCAGCUUCACACAAGUUCCAACUUUGUACUAGCUCAAUUUACUGUAACCUAUUCGCAGUUCAUUUUAGUCUUGCGGCACACAAUGUCCCAUUUCUUUACUCCUUCUUCUUUUCCUUUCGGCUUGUCCCGUUAGGGAUGGCCACAGCGUGUCAUCUCAGAUCAAGCUUUGUUUGCUCCAAUGUGUUUGAAUGAAGAAGAGCAGCAUUCAAUGCAGCUGCACAAUAAACUGAAGAAAAUGA